AUGAAUGCAUAUAAACUCGGCUGUUCUCUUGUACCUUGGAAAUACAAGAAGCAAGGGUCAACAAACAUCAAAUUCAAGUGGUGCAUUAUCAACACUACACUGUUUUCUAGCGCAUCUUUCAGGCUUGGAACCGUCGAUGAAUAUGAAUUUGGCUGCCUUCUUGCACCUUGUGCAAGAAGAAAAAGCCAACAAAUAUCAGAUCCAAGUAGUGUACUAUUAGCACUCACUCUUCAAACACAUCCUUCAAGCUUGGUAGUGCCGAGGCAUAUAAACUCGGCUGUCUUCUUGCACCUUGGGCAAGCACAAGAAGCAAAAGCCAACAAAUAUCAAAUUCAUCUCAACUUUCAAGCUUGGCGCACCAAUGCGUAUAAACUCAGCUGCCUUCUUGCACCUUGGGCAAGUGCAAGAGCCAAGAGCCCACAAAUAUAA